AUGUCUGGCCGCGGGAAGCAAGGAGGCAAAGUUCGCGCCAAGGCCAAGUCGCGCUCGUCGCGGGCCGGGCUGCAGUUCCCCGUGGGCCGUGUCCACCGGCUCCUCCGGAAAGGUAACUACGCGGAGCGGGUGGGGGCUGGAGCGCCCGUCUACAUGGCGGCCGUGCUGGAGUACCUGACGGCCGAGAUCCUGGAGCUGGCGGGCAACGCGGCCCGCGACAACAAGAAGACGCGCAUCAUCCCCCGGCACCUGCAGCUGGCCAUCCGCAACGACGAGGAGCUCAACAAGCUGCUGGGCAAGGUGACCAUCGCGCAGGGCGGGGUGCUGCCCAACAUCCAGGCCGUGCUGCUGCCCAAGAAGACUGAGAGCCACAAAGCUAAAAGCAAAUAAGCUUGCAGAGCAAAGCUGCUUCUGUUUUUCGCAACAUAACUUUAUAACCCAAAGGCUCUUUUCAGAGCCACCCACACAGUCAGAAAAGAGUUGUGUUGCUGUCUUCACAAAAGUACUUUGGUGCUAAGUCGUUUUUGUGUGCUGCUUUUGAUAGGGAGCUAAAAACAUGUUCCGUAAUAAUGUGUUAAAACUUUUGGCUUUCAUCUGAAGAGGAGUAAUGUAUUUGCUUUCUAACUCUUCAUCAUUUUUAAUAGAAGGAUGCUAAUCAUUGUGAUUUACUUAUUCUUUUGGGUCUUGUAAUGUGAUUGGUGCAACACUUAAUGUUGAAUCUGCUCAACUUUCAUGACUUUGCAGGCUACCUAUAGUGUGAAGUGUGUGUGUGGGGGGGUGUGCACCUAAAAGUCUGAAGGUGGAGUGGAAAAGAUGUGCAGCAUGAAAAUAAAUAGGGGACCAUCCCAAACCCAUAUAUCUAAAAAUGGUUUCCUUUGUAGGCAUUUGUUAUGUAAAAGAUGUAAAACUUCCCUGUGAUUUCACUUUAUUUAGAAAUUAAGUGAGAAACGCUUUAGGAGAAAUAGCUUAUUUUGAUCUAGAUCCUUAACUUGUCAGACCUGCCCUGUAAAGUGACAGUAUAGCAUCUUUCCAUUCAGAAGAUUUUAAUUCCCUGCAGCACUCAUAUAUUGCUGUUUUAAGUGGGAUUUUCAAACUUGCCACGCUUCGCUCCCUGUGCAUAGCUAUUUCUCAUGUUGUGUCAGUUAAUGGUGGGCGAUGUUAUUUGAACUAAUUUUCUGCAUUGUUGGCACAAGUAUCACCCAAGAGCACAAUGUUAAAGCUCUUUAGAUUCACUGUUAUAAAUUAUGAAAAGGACUGUCUAGUUGAUUCUUCUUGCUAGGGUGUUCCCAGAAGCUGCAGCUGAUGGUCUGCAGCACACUGCAUUGAGGCUGUAGCUCCCACCUGUGCAGCACCUCUGCCCUCCCCAUCCCCAGAAAAGGAGGAAUGCUCUGGGCUUGGAGGAAGGAAAAUACUACCUAUAGCAAGAUAGUAGCCCCUGCACCUCUUCUCCCAACCUGCGCAGCAGAGAGGCUUUAUAUGUAGGACUGUAUCAUGGCCAAAGUGGGACAUCAGGGGUCAUUUGUGGAGAGAAACAUAAAGGAAGAGAGGUGCCUGGAGGACCAGACUAGUCUGAUAUGGCAACAGCAUCUGUGCCUAAGGGUUCUGUUAGCAAGUGGAUGCAUUUAGUGCUGUAAUGCUUUCAUUAUGCUGUUCUAUCGAUCAUUACCUGCAGCUACAUAUCUCUUGGUACUGAUGCUUUUCUUCUUGAAAAACUGCAGUGAUGUAAAACACAUGAUUAAAAAGUCUUCUAUAUUUCCA